CGAUGAUAUAAUUGAUAGUUUGAAAACUGUUAACUUUUUAUUAGGUUUUUGUACAGCGACAAUUCAACACAUCUAUUAAUAAUUUAUUAAAGUUUUACUGCAUUAUGACCCAACUCAUAAAUAGUAUUGAUUACAAAUUCCCAACUACACUACAAUGAGUAUUGUUACAAAAUAUUUCUUAAACACGUCUCUACAUGGCUUGCAUUUCAUAGCUGAUAAGAGAUUCCACUGGACUGAAAGAUUUUUUUGGACAAUAUGUGUCCUAACUUCUUGGGCCGCAUCGAUUAUGCUAAUGUUUAACGCACUAGACCAGUAUCAAAACCAAAAAAUAUCCUUUUCAGUGGACACAUCUUACUUAAAUUGGCAAACAAACUUUCCUUCAAUUGUUAUUUGCGAACGAUCAAAUCCAAAAAAAAUGCUCGAAGCUAACAAGAAAAUUUUCGGUUCCAUAUCUCAACAGUUCCCCAAACUCGAAACCUUCGUUUUCUUCGACGGUUCCAUAAGACACACGCAAGUUUGCCAACCAAAUGGUGCUCUACGUGACAAAUGCUUGCUAACAAAUUACUCGCAAUACAUGCAUAAGUUCCGCAGCACUUGUUCGGAAGCAAUUAGUUCGUGCUUUUACAACAACGAAGAAUUUCCCUGCUGUGACGAAUUCUUGCCCAUUGACACUUACCACGGGCCUUGCUUUGGCUUCAAUUCUCUGGUUUCAGGAAAAUACACAAGUCGGGAAGACCUCCCUUUCAAAAUAACGCGCGACUCAAAUUUCGGUUAUGGCAACUUAUCAGUUGAGCUGUACCAUGAUGGGUUCAUUGUGUAUGGGUUGAGCCAAGACUCCGUCCCUACUAAGGAAAGUUCCAGCGAGUUUGUGUUGCUAGAUUCACGCACAAGCUCGGGAAUUGUUGCUAAAACAGCCUACAAGGCGUUUUUAUCAGUUAAAGAAACUUUCACGGACGAAGCCGCCAGGUUGAUGAAAAUCGCAAAUCGUGGUUGUCGAUUUUACGAUGAAAAUAACUUGCAACAUGCAAAAUUGUACAGUACUUCAGCUUGCGUGAACGAAUGUCUUGUUGAAGCCCAAAGGGAGAUUUGCAAUUGCACUUAUCACAUUUUACCACACAAUGAUCAAGUCAAAGACUGUGAUUUUGAGGGGCUUUUGUGCACAAUUGAUAACAAGAAAGUUAAGGAGAAAACAACUUCUUGCAGUUGUACGAGUUCUUGCUCCGACGUUGAAGUCGUCAAUAUUGGCUUUACAAAAACUCCAAUACACUCGAGUCAGUUCCGAAAUGACAAAAGCCAGGUUCGAAUUGACUUUAUCGUUUAUCCUCCGACUUUACGUUACAGCCGAAGUGUGGUGAAAACGCCACUUACCAUGCUUGUUUCAGUUGGUGGUUCUGUUGGUUUGUUUGUGGGUGCAAGUUUGCUCACAGUGGUCGAGAUUAUUUAUUAUUUUUUCGUGCGUCCGCUUGGCGACAAAUACAUAAAACAUGAAAGGAACAAAGAAAUAAAAAAAUCAGAGAUUGAUAAUAAUUUAGAUUCGUUUUAUUAUAAGUACGGCACUUUGUAUGAAUUUGUCAAUUAG